AUGGGUACCUCAAAAUGUUUGCUUUUGAUGAGGGCCCUUAUCUUGACUACCAUUACCAUAAUAGUUGCCAUGAAUGCUGCACUCAUUGUGGCACUGGUAAUUAGGACGGACUGCAGGUUGGCUAAACUCAUGGGACACUCCAACACCAUUCUUGUGUUGUUUGUUCUGCUGUCCUUUAACUUGAUAAUGUAUUUGGCAUUUGAACUAUUAUGGCCUAUAAGAAGUGCAGUAGAUAAGAAAAUAUGCUCACAGGUCUUGUUGGAAAAAGGUCAUGAUUACGGAGUUGGCAACAAAAAGAACCCCUUAAUUGAUGCAACAUAUACAGAUAAUCAUGUACUUGGAGAAUUAGAAGACACCAUCAAGGCUCUGGGGACUGGGAUUGAUCCUGUUUUGGGCUCUGAAUGUGAAACUACUUUACAAGAGCCAGUCAUGGUUGUCAACAAGAAGGAUGAAACAUUUGACAUUGGAGAGAAGCCCUUGUCCAAGAUAUCCCAAGAUCAUUUGGGUCAAACCGUUGGUAAAGAAGUUUCCAUUUCUAAGGCCUUACAUCUUGAGCCUACCAAGUCAUUUUCAUUUGUAUGCCAUGAUUCAUUUUUCCUCUCUAAAUAUGAAGGUAAUGCGAGGAAUCUGAUUCUUCCUUAUGGCCAAGCUUCAACUUCUAAGUUCCAUUCUACCAAGAAUAUGCUUGACAUGAUAGAUUAUCUCGCUGUUGAAGGUUUUGCUAAUGGAGAAGUUGUUAGGGAUGCUGUUUCUGCAGCCUUGAGCCAACAAGUUGCCAAAUUGGUAUCCAUAAGAUGCAAUGAGAUAAAUGACACUUUGAAAUUCAAUAAUGAAUAUGCUAGUAGCAUAAAUUUUGGACAAGUUCGAGAGUUUUUUCCUGCAUACCUCCAGUUUGCUGACAUUCUUGAUGAGUUCUGGGGGAAUUUAUUUGAUUUGCAUGGUAAAUUGACAGAAAAAGGAAAGAUCAUAAGAUUGGACCUUCUUAUAGGGCUGGAUAUUGAGGACAAGAUCCAAAGCUGCCCGUGCUGUUUUGAUGGAAUACAUGGAGGACUAUGUGAUCCUUUCAAGCUAGUAAAUUUAAGUACCAUGAGGAUACCACCUUUGUUUAGAAUCAAUAAUAGCAUAUCCCCUCAACAGGGAAAUUGCACAUUGCCUGCUGUUGUGGAGCUCAGAAGGUGCAUCAUGGACUCAUUCCUUAAGAAGAAUCCUAGUCUAUUGAAGGAUGAUAAAGUACCAUAUUUUAUUAUGGCAAAUGAUCAAGUACAACGUAAAGUUCCCAUAUAUGAAAAUUUUCAUAGUGUUGAUCAAUCCAUUGGCUUGGUAAGUAACUCUACAUCUUACUGGGCUCCUUAUCCAUUGGACGAGCUGAACACAAUGGCAGUUUUGCUUCAAAAAUGUCCAUCACCGCAAGUAGCUCAACAAGCUUCUCAUACAAAUAUUUAUUUCUCGUACAAUGAAUUGAAAGGGCUACUCUUGAACUCUUUUCGGGGUUGCAUUCAGAGUAUCUCAGAUCUUGAGAAAUCUGAUUGGCUGAUUCAGCACAGAGGUGGAUAUGACGAGAAGCUAGUGGGAUUGGCUGCUGAAAUGGUGAUAUUUGGAGAUAUACGUCCAAGCGGGAAAUUCAGUCCUAGUGCAACUGUUGAUUCUGAUGGUAAAAUGUUCAAUCUUUGCACCUCGGUUCUGGGUUGUGGAGACACAUGCAUGUGGCAACCUAGCCUCAUUAUUAGCUUUGGAGUUUGGUGCAUUUCUCGAAUUUUUGAAGUGCUGCUUUCAGUGAAGCAACCUGUGUUUUUGGGGAAGUAUAGUAGGGUUCUCAAUCGCCUUCAGGGUAUUCUGGAUCCAGCAUUCUUGAACCCUGUUCAACCUCUUUCCAUAUGUCCAUGCACCGACACUGUUCCAGAUUUGAGGUUUCCCAAUGGAAGCCAACGUAUCAGUGCAGAAGCUAUGUUGAAGAAACUGAUGGAAGUUGAGGCUUCCAUGUAUGGUAAGCGCGCUAGAGGGAAGAAGAACCUGAAAUCUGUUCUGAAGCGCUAUAAACGCUGGCUCUCCAAGGCGGCAUCUAUGGCAGGGCAGGAGUAG